AUGGCUGAACCAGCUCCACCACUUGGACAUUUCUGGGGGCUCACCAGAAAAGGAGGUGCUGCCGCUGUUUUUGAGGUGGUUGGAGCAGCUCCAUCAUAUGCCGCUUCUCGAGUCUCUUGCCUUAGACUCAGUGUUCGUGGCUCCAGAGGAAUCCUCCCCCCCAGCCUCCCAGUCGUCCAGCUCCCAAAUCUCAUCAACUUUCACAUGAGAGAUGACAUGUAUCCCACGGCCCUGCUCCUGAAUCACAUCGAACCCCAUCCAGAAUUCAGGCUGUGCAUCCCUCAAGAACACGAUGUGCUUAUGCUUUCCCCAUCUCAAAUCUCCUUUAUCAACCAAGUUAUAGCCAAAUACACCCAAUGUUUUGUCUGCUCCACCAGCCGCAAGAACUUGAUCUUCAAUUUUGUUAAUGACAAUCUUUUUCACCUUGCGCAACUCAAACGGGAUGUGACAGACCUUUCGAGCAUCGGAAUUGGGCCCACAGCAUUCGAAUGGAACAUGUACACUUGGGAUGCCCAGAGCCCUGCUCACCUGAGCGUGUUCUUGAAAUGUGAUUUCAGCUAUAUAACCACUGUUGCAGUCCAGAUCGACUCCUUGAAGCAGAUCAGACCCGACCUACGCUUUCUCCUUCAAGAUUUCUUGCGGUCCAUGUCCAAUCUCCAGUUCCUGAAAGUCACGUCAGUCAUCGAGGCACUCCUGACAUGUCCAUUCCUGCCGCUUCCAGAACAUGCAGGCGCAGGCGUAGCGACGUCGUUCUUCCCAAAAUUGGCCCUCUGGGAGGGUGUGGCAACAAAUUGUAACAUCCAAUACCAACCAAGCAGUCGAGCACCUGAAAUUCUCAAGCCAUUCCUUAGGCAGAGGGAGGCGGACGGAUGUCCUGUCCAGGUGCUCGAUAUCACAGAGUGCUGUACGCUUCGUGACUUGAACUUUUUGGAAACGAUGGAAGGAAUGAAGGUGGUCUGGAAGGAUUCUCUCGGAAGGAGAAGAGAGGCGGUAUGUGGCUCAGGAGAGCUGGUCAAGCCAAUAUGGGAGUAG